AUCCAAAAAAGCUAGAGGGAUCAAUAGUGGUUAUAUUUAUACAAUAUGGAGCAGGUUUAUAUAAGACAACUACGGUGGAAUAUAUAUAUAAGCAUAGUUUUGAUUUUAUAUAUUAAACGGAGACCAGAAGAAAAGGAAAAAAAAAAAACAGAUUGUAGAUCGAAGAAAAUGCACAACACAAAACCUCACGCGGCCAUGUUAGCCAGCCCAGGAAUGGGCCACGUUAUUCCGGUGAUCGAACUUGGGAAACGCUUAGCUGGAUCCCACGGCUUUAACGUCACCAUCUUCGUCCUUGAAGCCGACGCAGCCUCCGCUCAGUCCCAUUUCCUCAACUCACCUGGCAAUGACGUGAACGUUGUUGACAUCAUUAGCCUCCCGUCUCCAGACAUCUCCGGCUUAGUGGACCCAUCAGCCUUUAUUGGGCUCAAGAUCUUGACCAUGAUGCGUGAGGCAGUUCCAUCCGUCCGAAUAAAGAUCGCUGAGAUGCAACACAAACCAACGGCUCUGAUCGUUGACUUGUUAAGCGUCAACGCCUUACCACUAGGUCGGGAGUUCAAUAUGUUGACUUUUAUCUUCAUAGCUUCAAACGCCCGAUUACUCGCAUUGCUGAUGUAUUUCCCAACGCUUGAACAAGACGUCACUGACGAGCACAUAGUCAAGAAGAAACCCUUAGCUGUGCCGGGAUGUGAACCACUUCGGUUCGAGGAUACUUUUGAUAUAUUCCUUGACCCGUCCAGCCAGCUUUACCAGGAAUGUGUUCCACUCGGUUUACUAUACCCGACGGUUGAUGGCAUUAUCGUGAAUACAUGGGAUGAUAUGGAGCCUAAAACCCUGAAAUCUCUUAAAGACCCAAAUCUGUUAGGUCGAAUCGCCCGUGCACCGAUUUAUCCAAUUGGUCCUAUGUACAGGCCGGUUGACCCAUCGAAAACCAACCAUCCGGUUUUGGAUUGGUUAAACAAACAACUGGAUGAGUCUGUCAUUUACAUCUCAUUUGGAAGCGGCGGCUCUCUCUCGGCUAAACAGCUAACCGAGUUGGCAUGGGGGCUUGAGUUGAGUCAGCAACGGUUUGUUUGGGUCGUCCGACCACCGGUGGAUGGUGUAGCUAGCAGUGCAUAUAUCACGGUUAAUAGCGAUGAAGUAGGAGACGGUACACCAGAUUAUCUACCAGAGGAGUUCGUUAGCCGGACUCUAAAGAGAGGCCUGGUGAUGUCUUCGUGGGCACCACAAGCCGAGAUCCUAGCUCACCCAGCCAUUGGUGGGUUUUUGACCCACUGCGGUUGGAACUCAAUUCUUGAGAGUGUCACUAGCGGUGUUCCCAUGAUAGCUUGGCCACUUUUUGCGGAUCAGAUGGCGAACGCGACACUGCUCAACGAGGAGCUUGGAAUCGCUAUCAGGUCUAAAAUAUUACCAUCGGAGGGAGUGAUUUCGAGGGUGGAGAUCGAGUGGUUGGUGAGAAGGAUUAUGGUGGAAGAGGAAGGUUGUGAGAUGAGAAAGAAGGUGAAGAAGCUGAUGAAAACGGCAGAGAAAUCGCAAAGUAGCGACGGUGGUUCAGCACAUCAAUCGCUGUCGAGAGUCGCCGAGGAAUGCCUACGUCGUUUGGAGCAUGUGAGAGGCAAGUCACAUGAUGCCUUGUAAUGCUUCCCGUUUUAAAAUUUUACGUUUGAACUGCUUGUCAUUUGAAUUUCUUGGAACAUUGUAAUUCAGUUUCCGGGUCUUGCGACAUGUCACUUGCUAUCGCUAAUAAGUCAUCGAUGAUUGAUUUGUC